UAGCAAUCGAUAUCUACGGAAUCCACAUUGUAUUUAAAAGUGCUUUAGAAGUGUAUUUAGAAGUGAAUAGUGCUGUGCUCCAUCAGUAUGUUAUAAAGGAAGAUGGAGGGUUGACUGUCAUUGAGGAUGGAAAUAGCAGACGUCACUAUUCCUACAAGAACCAUGUUUACCACUUCGGAUCUUCGACUUCUAUUGCCACGAAUUAUCGAUGUUGCGAAUAUCAAACAGCGUUUAAUUGUAAAGUAAAACUGCGCAGAACUCACGACGGCACAUUCACUCUAAUAGGAGGGGAACAUCGGCACAGGGCCAGACAAGAAGAGAAAGAGAAUGCUGCUGCCAGGGUGGAAAUGAAACGAGAUGCUAGCAUAACCCAUAAUACCCCUAUGGAUAUCUUCCUCAGAGUUUCAAGAAAGUAUCCUGCUGCGGCACAACGCAUCUCAGUGCCUGCAGCUGAAAGCUUGAUCAGGCGGAAAAGAGAGGCAAUUGGGCGACCAAGGGAACCUGAAUCGUUAGAAGAAUUGGGAUCAAUUCUUGUAAAAAAUGACGAAAUGGCGGAGAUGGUCAGAGGCAAUUUUAAAGGGGUCGUACAUCCCCCAGGAGGCGCGGAAGGUUGUGCCCUCUUAUUUAUUAAUGAUGCAGUCUUAAAUGACCUCAAUACCGCAAAAAUGAUCCAAAUUGAUGGCACCAUGAAGGCGGUUCCAAAUAUUCCGACAGGAACACAGAUAUGGAUUAUUAGUAUGAGAAAACGCAAUAAGUCAUUUGCAGUAGGAUUCGCCUAUUGCCGAGGCGCUAAAGCAGUUCUGUACGAAGCCAUCUUAAGACGACUACUUGAAUUGGCCCCAGGUCUUAAAGACGUUCAGCUCAUCAUCUCUGAUUUUGAGAAAGCAGCAUUGAAAGCUUUUCGCUUGGUGUUUCCUAGAGCCAGGAUUCAAGGUUGCUGGUUUCAUUUUGUUAAAGCCAUGUCUGACCAUUGGAAACAGCUGAGACUCAGGAAUGCUCCAUCUGAACCAAAACUGAUAACCCGCUCUCUGGCAUUAUUACCACCUGAACUCGUACAUAUUGGUGUGAAAGUUAUUGAAGAGAUCUGCAAUCUAUAUCAUGAGAUUUUCGCCAAUCUCAAAAGAUGGGCGGCUUAUAUACAAGGAGAAUGGGGAGGGAAACCAGAAGUGGUGUCAGUCUUUAGUUCAUGUAUUAGGACAAACAACGAUUCUGAGGCAUUCAAUAGGCAUUUCACAACUCGAGCUGGUGGUCGCAAGCCAAGAGUUUAUGUAUUCAUUCGAAAUUUGCAGGACAUAAUUAAUAAUGAAGUUGUCAAUUUGAAAAGAUCAGAUGCGAACAUCCCACUGGUGAAAGUAAAGAAACGAGAGCAAAUAUUGACUAAAGAUGAGCAAAUUAUAAAGGCUCAAAAGACCCUCCUCAGAGACGGGAUUACUCAACAGGAUGUCUACGAUUUUAUGAAAAGUCGCUUGUCACCUCAUUUAUCGCAAAUAAUUGAUGAGGAAAGAUUGAACUUGGCGCAAGGAAAAGUGACCAACACAACGUAUGUGAAGAAACCUAAGCCUGCAAUAAAAAGCUUGUCCCCAGACGAUGAAGAGUAUGGAGUGAAAAGAAAACGUCCACAUAAGAAAAGUCCUAAAGCAAUGGUGGUGACUAAAAAGGCCAAAGGUCAUGAAGAAGCAGGAGCCGCUACAUCAGGGUAGCAAUUCCUGGCAAAUUGUUGAACAAGCCAGAGUACAUUAUAUUGUUUAAUUACUCGUUGAAGAUCUCGAACAUUAAUAAUCAUAAACCAUAAUUUUUCAUAGUUAUGCUUCUUGUAUUCCGUGUUUCGAUGGACAUAAAUCUGUGCCUAAUAAAGUGGUAAAAUUGGAAAACUACCAAAGAAUGAUUAUCAAAAAUGUGAUAAUUAAAUUUUAAACAAUUAUAAAGAAAUAAAAUCUAU